AUGUCAUUAUCACGAGGUGUACUCGCCGAAUUAUGUAGCUAUGUUCAAGAGAAAUGUAAUACCAUAUUUGGAUCAAAAUUUUGGGAUUGCCGAUUGGCGUGUAGCGUAGAAUAUGGCACAAAAACAGACAAGUUUGAGAAUCGAAUCUUCGCAUUGUCAAAAUUUCGUGUUUUUAUAUUACAUGGGAAAACACCGUCUUCGUUGAAAAUUGAUCGAACUUUCCAUAUCUUAGCAAUACGUAUUAUUCAAAUUGUCAAUGAUAAUGAAGUGUGCUUUGGUCUCGAUGAAAGUUUUUUGGGCAAAAGACGCAUUUUCAUUCGUUUAGAAAAUGGUUCCAAAAACAUUGCUCUUUCUGUUCUUUCCGCUCUUAAACAUUAUUUUCCGGAUAUUAUUCAAAAUCUAAGGAAUUUGUUGGAAUUAAUUCCUUCCGAUUUAUAUGACAAAUUUUGGUUUUUACCCAGUAGCCGACCAUAUCUACCAUGUCAUAAUUUUCGUCGUUCUUACGCUGCCAUUUGUGAUUAUUACGAUCAACCAUUUCGUGAUGAAGUUGUAUGGGAUGUAGAAAAAAUAUAUGCUACUCAUGGAAUUCACAUUUUAAGAUUAGAUGACUUCACUCAUUUGCUUCCAAGAGAUUUGCUAUCAAUCGUAGCUGUAUGUCAGUAUUCCUGUUAUUUUACGGGCCUAUGCAUUGAUGAUGUCAGAUUAGGUUCAGAUCUUGUUGAUAUUAUCUUAUCAGUUGUUCGUAAUUCACGUUCUCUGAAAGUUCUUAUUCUUCGUAACUGUGCUCUUCCAAAAGAUUUUAUUGCUUCAUUUUCGAACGCUUUACAAGGUAAUGCAUCUUCUCUGGAAGAAGUGGAUUUUUCCAAGAAUGUAUUGGAUGAUAAGAAAGGUUUUGUCGCUUUAUCAUCUUUGCUAUCAAAACUGACAUCACUACAAUCAUUAACACUUUCUGAAUGUGCAAUGUCAGAGAAAAGUGUUAAUCAAGUAUGCUGCGGAAUUUUGCAAGGGAUCAAAGCAAAUACAAUUCCUGAUUGCAAAUUUCUGUCUACGCUCGACUUUUCAGGAAACAAUUUGAAAGAUGAUGUCAGUGAUUUGCUACAGUUGCUAUCAUUAUGUAUCAGUCUUCGAGUUUUGAAUCUAUCUGGUACUGGGAUUAAUAUCGAUAAGCUAUGGGGUUCGCUCAUUUAUGGCGGUUUACAAUUAGAGAUUUUGAAAUUAGCGGGUUGUCAAACGGGUCGUCGUAGCAAAGAAAGUGCACAACAAAUGAAGGAAUAUUUUUCUACUGCUGUAGCAUUAAAAGAACUUGAUUUUUCAAAUACUACAUUAAAUGCGGAUAUUUUAAAGGCCUUACUUCUCGGUCUUGCAAGUAAUCAGCAGCUGAAACCAUUCACGCUAUGUCUGAAUAAUAUCUGUGACAGGAGUUCAAUGGCUGUGUUGGAGACGUGCCUUAUUGGAGUAGAUGUUUGUACACUAUCGCUGAAAGAUAAUAAUUUGGAUUCAGAAUUGUUACCGGUAGUUUUGGCAACUUCACAAAUGCAUCACCUUACCAAAUUGGAUUUGAGUGGAGCAAAUUUUCCAAAUUGUAAACGAGGAGCGAAGAAUAGCACAAUGGUAUCCAAUAUUCUUUUAGAAAUUGUCAAACUUGUUGGUGAGGAUGAUUCGAGAUUAAACGAAUUAUUGAUCGCGGAUUGUCGUUUGGGAUCACAUUUAAGCAUACUAUUAAAUACACUUGGUGUUUCGUCUUCCUUACAUUAUCUCGAUAUAAGUGGUAAUGAAAUGGGCAAUUUUGGCGCUCGUCUUUUAGCGAAAGCAUUACAAAUUAAUACUUCCUUAGAAACUGUCCUUAUUGAUAAGAAUCAGAUCACCGGUGAUGGUUAUGUGGAUAUUGCACAUUCGUUAAUUCUCAACUCGACACUCAUUUCUCUUCCUUUUCCUGUGAUUGAUGUAGCAGAAUCGUUAAAUCGAACAGAUCGUGGAAAAACGCUAGCAGCACUCACCGAAAUUGAAGCAUGCAUAGAGAAAAAUCGUGCAGGUCGUAGCCAUUCUGAAAAACAAUACAUAUGUUCGAUUAUUGCUUCAAAGCAGGAAAUUGAAUUCUGCGAUGGUGGAAAUUCAAAAAUUGGCUUAGAAGAAAUGAAGCAAUCAUUGAAUGCAAUUGACUUAUCCGAACAACAGGAUAUCGAACUUGAAAAAGUAGCUUAUGAUGUGAUGUCUCGCUUAGAUGAUGUUCUAUUAAGUGAUGUUAAGCAAGCUUUACAUCCGAUUAUGAAAGCAGCUGAAAAGGAAGGCUUAAGUGAACGAGCUUUAUCCAUAAAAUGUAGUUCGCUUAGCCGUACGGCUUUAAUGAACAAUAUCAGUAGCUAUUUGUGUAAAACAAAGUGGAAAUUGAUAAGUGAAACUAUACAAGGAAUUGUAAAUGAUUAUCGUGUGCAGUGUAAUAAUGUAGCGAAAAAUGAUGUAGGACUGCAGAACGGAAAUCAUGGUUCAUCGAGUGCUGCUGCAGCAAAUUCUGCAAAAUUGGUCACUGUAAGAUCACAUCGUCCGAAAUCUGUGAUUUCGGAAUUAUCCAACGAUGAAAUAGGAGAAAAGGUGAAUUUAGAUGCUCCACCCAUGCCUUCUGCUUUGAAUCAUCCAUCAAAAUGUCGACCAAGGCCGAUGAGAAAUUUCAAAAGGAUCAAACCUCAAAUACUCGUGGAAGAAUCUCAACAGAGUUAUAGUGGAAGUGAAAACGGUGAAAAUUUCGCAUUGUAUGAUACUGCAGCAAAUGAAUCGAUAACUUGUUCACCUGGCGAAUCAGAGAUUGACGCUCAUUCUAGCAAUUUAUCGAUCAGUGAUGAAUGUCGUUCAGGUUCACCAGCUAUCAUGCGUAAUUGUGCAAUGCUACCUCAUUCUCAAGAGAAUUUCACGGGUACAGGAUUUGGUGUAGGCCAACAAUCAGCUCCAUCUGUAUCAUCAUCAGCUAAUGCAUCAACAUCAACUGCACCACCUAUUGUACCAAGACGAAAUAAACCAGGUGCAUCUCUAGUACCUCCAACAUUACCACCCAAGCCCGAUCAGACUGUUUCAAUUCGUCCGGUAAGUUGUACCAUAGACAGUGACAAUAAAUCAGGUCGUAAAUCAGUUGCUGAUAUGGCACGAUUAUUUUCAUCUACUGAUGCUCCGUUUAGUCGUCGUUCCUGA